CUGCCAUAACACGGAAAGAAGAAGAAUCAAAUUCAUAGAAGAAGAAAAUGGCUGAAACGAUUUCUGACAGUGACAGCGAUGUGGAAGUGCCUGUCUCUGUUAAGCCCCAACCCAAACGACGUCGCAUUGAUCCAUCAUCUAUUUCCUCUGUGUCUGUUUACUCCAACAAGGUAAACAGCAGUUUACAACUGAAGCCGACAGCCUUUACCCAAAGUGAUACAGCGGGUGGCAACACAGAAGCCAGUUUGUGUGUUCAGUCAGUAAAGCAACCAAUCUGUAUAGUCUUAUCUGACUCAGAGGAAGAGUCAGAGGAACUAGAAAAGAGUACACCUCGAAUCGACAUUCGCUCCCCCUCUCCACCCCCACCUCCAGAUAGCCCAGCAAUGAAAGUAUCCAAGCGUGCCAAUCAAAAGAUCCGAGAGAUCGAUAGAAAGUUAGAUUCGAUUGGCUCUCCAAUCUCCUGUCCACCGGAGGUUAAGGCCAUAGAGCUUGAAUACCCCACCCAGCUUGAUGACUCUGAUGACGAUGACAAUAUCAUCCUAUCUGCAAGCAAGGCCUGGUCCAGGAGUCAGCCCCCCACCAAAGAGGAAAUCCCGCUGACAUCACGCGAGUUCACGCUCAAGUUCCGCUGUCGAACAGAUCUUUACAAGAUCCCAGUGAUUUCUACAGCCCCCCUGAGCAAGGCAGUGGAUCAGCUGUCAGCGAAGCUCAAGGUCCUGCCGUCACGGAUUCUACUGCUGAGGAGUGAUACUGAGCUUCCUGUACACUCCUCAGCCAAUGAACUGGGCCUGGGAAUUGUUGACAUCAUAGAUUGUGUCAUCAUAGCAGCAGAUGAGAAAUUGGACCCCAUGGACAAAGGUGGCAUGAUCACUCUGCGAUUGCAGGGUAAGGAGAAAGGCUCAGCGCAGGAGUUUUCCAUACAUAAAUGUGCUCCUCUAGGUUCAAUUCUCAACCAGUAUCUUUCAAAUGUUGUCACUGAUGCAAGGCGAAAAGUGCACUUCCUGUUCGAUGGGUCAAAGGUCACAAAUAUCCAGACACCAUCCCAACUGGACAUGGAGGAUGGUGAUGUCAUUGAGGUGUGGGCCUGAUCAUUGACUGUUGAUGCAAGGAUUACUGGUGCAAGUUUCCUCCCUUCGGCAACAGACCGAAGACACACAACUAAGACUGAAUAUAUAUAUAUAUAUAUAUAUAUAUAUAUAUAUAGAACCAUUUUUUGGGGUCCACUUCAAUUUAAGCAUUUCACAAUUUCAAACAUAAAUGACAUGCUUAAAAGAAACGACAAUUGACUUUGUUUUCUUAGUGGUGGAAAUGUGUGCACCAAUGUUAGAUUUUUUCAUUUGUAUUAAUUUCAAGUGUGUUUGUAAACAAAGUAUUUGGAAAUUGUUUUGGAAUAAAAAUAUGGCUGGUCAACUCUUAAAUAAUUUAUUGCCUAUAAGAUCUAAUGGAACUGUGUAACUGAAUGCAAAUGUACAUAAUUUUGUGGAUAAAGUUAUUUGCGAAAAGG